AAGCCACCCCUCACGGUUCCCCCACCCGGUCCUGCGGCCCCCAGGGCAGCUCCAGCGAGGAGAUAUGGGUGCUGCGCAAGCCUGGGCCAGGUGGAGACCGAAGUAGCGUGGGGAGUUCUGGCAGUGUGACCAGCGUGAGGUCAUCAGGGAGUGGUCAGAGUGCCGGGAGCUCCACCCACAUUCUCCACGCGCAGGCCGAGGGGGUUAAGCUCCUGGCUACAGUGCUGUCUCAGUCUGCCAAAGCCAAAGAGCACCUGCUGGAGCAGUCCAAGUCUGUAGAGCUAUCUACAGGCUCCGCCUCUGCCUCUAGACAGUCGAGCCAAUCAGGAUGCCCGCUCCAUGAAGCUCCACCUUAUGACACCACGGCAACCUGGAAGGGGGAGGGGCAAGUCGAGGGGAAGAGCUCUGAGGCUGUUAUCCAAUGGCUGAGUGACUUUCAGCUGCAGGUCUACGCUCCAAACUUCAUCAGCGCCGGGUAUGACAUAGCCACCAUUAGCAGAAUGACCCCAGAGGAUCUCACGGCCAUCGGAGUGACCAAACCAGGCCACAGAAAGAAGAUGACAUCAGAGAUCAACAAACUCAGCGUCACUGAGUGGCUCCCUGACCAGAAACCUUCCAGCCUGGCAGAGUGGUUGUCAGCGAUAGGGCUGAGUCAGUACCAGCAGGUUCUGGUGCAGAACGGAUACGAAAACAUCGACUUCAUCACAGACAUCACCUGGGAGGACCUGCAGGAGAUAGGCAUCAUGAAGCUGGGUCACCAGAAGAAGCUGAUGCUAGCUGUGAAGCGAUUGGCUGAAAUGCAGCGUGGCUCUGAGGGGCGGAGCUCCCCCAGGAAGAAGCCUCCACCAAUCACACAGCAGCAGGAAGUGAUGUCCAUAGAGAACAGGCCUCCUGACAACGAAGUCGUCACUUCUCCCAAGUUGUGCACCUUCCAGGACAGCGAGUUGAGCCCCGAGCUGCAGACAGCACUGAUCCAGCCUAUCCCAGAGGUCAAGGGUCAGAGGACCCGGAGCCUCAGCAAGGACCCCGAGGAGGGAGUAGGGCCAGGGGGUAGAGGAGGAGGAGGAGGAGUGCCCCCUAAGAAGGAGGCUCGGACCAUGAGACAGACCAGCCAGGGGAGCCAGAGAGGCAGCGCCUCAUCCAAACCUCGCCCACCCUCCCACGCCCACUCAAUGCCGGCACCCCCUUACACUCCCCCUCACACCCCCACCAAGAAACCCCUGCACUCCUCCACCUCCGCCCCGGGCCCCUCACCGCAGGCCAAACCCAAAUCCUCCACACAGCUAAUACAAGGAGAGAGGCCUGGUUCCCCCCGCUCUCACCCCCUGUCCAACGCACAUCGCGGGACUCACAACACCCAGACUCAGCCUGGUCCUCAGCCUCAGCCUGGUCCUCAGCCCCAGCUUGGUCCUCAGCCCCAGCUUGGUCCUCAGCCCCAGCACCAACCCACACCUACUCCCCAAUCUCAGCCUACAGCCCAGCUGACGGAGGAAGAGGAGAGGGAGAAGGAGAGGGAGAUUGAGAGGGGGAUUGAGAAGGAGAAAGAGAGGGGGAUUGAGAAGGAGAAAGAGAGGGGGAUUGAGAAGGAGAAAGAGAGGGGGAUUGAGAGGGAGAAAGAGAGGGGGCUUGAGAAGGAGAAAGAGAGGGGGAUUGAGAGGGAGAAAGAGAGGCGGAUUGAGAAGGAGAAAGAGAGGGGGAUUGAGAAGGAGAGCACCCUCCAGCCGCAGCCCAGCCCCCAGGUGUCUGUUCCCCUCCUGUGCCUGCCUCCGGAGGCUGAGGGGGGAGACGGGGGAGAGAUGGGUGAGGCGGGUGAGGCCCUCCUUAAGAAGCGAGCUAACAGUCUGAACCGCUACGCUGGGUCUGACGGGGAGGGGAAGGAGAGGGGGGGUGGAGGUGCAGGAGCGGGGACAGGAGUGGCCCCUCCAGGGAGGCUAUCAGGGGGCGGUACAGGUAAAUACGCCACGGUGACUCACCGGGUCAGCCGCAGCCACUCCGUACGCAACCAGGACAAGAACGUCAACCGCAGCCAAUCACAGUCCAUCGCCCUGCGGCCCAAGAAGAAAGGCCCGCCCCCUCCGCCUCCCAAACGCUCCAGCUCAGCUAUCUCGAACUCCAACCUCGCCGACACGCACACGCCGACACACACACACGCGGCGGACGGGCUGCUGGGCGUGCCCUACAACCCCCAGCGACGGGCCAGCGACCUGGGUGUAUCCGUGGAGACGGUCGUCGUGGAUACGGGGAGCGCGGGCAGCGUGAGGAGCAUAGCGGCCAUGUUGGAAAUGUCCUCUAUCGGGGGCGGGGCCAAGGGCAUGGCUAUACAGAGAAACUUCCUACAGCGUGAUGCCAUUGGUCUGGACGGGGAGGUGGUGAACCGCCGUAGAACCAUCAGUGGUCCUGUUACUGAGCUGGUCGCUGCAGCUAGGAGGGACAGACCUACCCCCGUACCCCUGUGUACCGCGCCCCAACCCUCCCCUCUCCCUUCUACACCCCAGCUGCCUUCCUCCCCUCGCUCCCCCUCCUCCCCUCACCCCUCGUCUCCUCACACCCCUUCUUCCGGUAGUUCGGCCGAGAACCUUCCGUUUGCUGCUGAGAGGAAACAGACCGUGAAGAGGCAGAGAGGAGAGGGAGAGGAAGAAGGAGAAACGGAGGGCGAUGGAGACGGUCUCCAUGGAGACGGCGUGUUCUCCCUUCCCCAGGAUGAGCUGUCCCGGGUCGACGCCACGGCAACCCUGAAACGGCGUCCCCGCUGCAACAAGCCUCACCCCAACGGGUCGCGUUUCACCCUGACAGAGUCUUCCACCGUCAAGCGCCGUCCCAAGAGCAGAGACAAGGAGCCGGAGGGCUUCUCAGAGAGCGGCAUCGCAGACAUCACCGGGACCUCCAAGACAUGGGCCUCUAACACCGGGGCCUCUAUCACCGGGACCUCCAAGACAUGGGCCUCUAACACCGGGACCUCUAACACCGGGACCUCUAACACCGGGGCCUCUAACACCGGGGCCUCUAACACCGGGGUCGUUCACACUGGGGUUGUUACCGGGCCGGAGCCGGGGCCAGCCGUACCGUACGAGAACGGCACCGCCACCGUUAAACGCCGGCCGGUGUAUGAGACGGGAGAAGCGGAGCCUAGUCCGAACCAGGCUACGCCUCCUCUCAGGGACAGCUCAGACCUGGGAGGACCAGGGGUGGUGGAGGGGGGAGAAGGGGGAGGAGCGGUGACCCCUGUGAGGAAACCCAAACCCCCCGUCUCCCCCAAACCUGUCCUGGCUCAGAUGAGGAGACACUCCUCCUCUAGAAAAGUCCCCCUGCCUGGACCUGGCACCCCCGGCAGCCCAGUUGAAUCAAAGAAGAUUCCCCCAGUCUCCCCCAAACCGGCUCCUCCCCCAGCCCCUAAACCAACCAAACACCUCCACUCUAUAACCACACCCACCUCCCCCCUACUCCUCCUCCUCCCCCAACCCCAACGCCAAACCCCCACCCCUCCCGCCCAGAGUCCCCACACCCCACUCACCCCCCAGAGUCCCCACACCCCCCUCACACCCACCCCUCCACCUAUCAAACCCCCCCGCUCCUCCAUCGGGGGCGUGUCCGUGGACAUGGGAACCGUGGCGGCGGUCAGCGUGGUGAUGUCAGAGGCGGAGUCUGUGCAUCAGAAGCUGGAGGAGACGAGCGCGUCAUUGGCUGCUGCCUUAAAGGCUGUAGAGGACAAGAUACGAGAGGAACAAGAUUGGGUUGCAGAGGAGAAGACGACAGUCAGUAUCCUUGACGACAUCGGCAGCAUGUUUGACGACCUGGCCGACCAGCUUGACGCCAUGUUGGAGUAACCAUGACAACAGCUGGCCGUCCCCGUGACAAAGCAGCCUGCCUCAGGACUUCCUCCUUACCUCCGCAGGCACAACGCUCCUCUCUCUCUCUCCAUCCUCCUCUGUCCACUAAAGGACAGAGGACCACUCCAUUACAGAGGAGAACUCUUGGCCGCUAGGCUGUCCUGUCACAGCUUAAACAAGCAGUUACAGCCUCAUGUGAUGAAUUGUAGUUAUGGUAUGUGAUGUGUACAUUGUCAGCAUGAAGAGCGUUUAUAUUUACAGAAAACAGGCUCCUCUCUGAGAGAGAGAGUCAUGCAUUAGUUCAGUCAUAUUAUAAAUAUAUAUAUAUAAAAUAUAUAGAUAUACGAUUUGGUCUUCUCUGUUGAAUGGUUAUGCUGUUGUCAUGUUUAUGAAUCGCUGGAAUUUUAAUGUGACCAAAAUGUAACUCUGCUCCUGAAGUGUGUGUUCUGGAAUCGUGAGUGUUCUGGAAUCGUGAGUGUUCUGGAAUCGUCACUGUUCUGGAAUCGUCACUGUUCUGGAAUCGUGAGUGUUCUGGAAUAGUGAGUGUUCUGGACGGAGAGGAGGAGAUGACAGCUGGUUGGAUGUAAAGGGCUUCGGAAUGGCAGAACUUCCUGUACAAGCCCCGCCUCCAGAGGCCAGAUUCCGAUGUUAUUCUAUCCUCCUUCCAUAACAUACCCCUCCCUCCCUGUUAUUAACACAGCACAGUGUUGAGUCUUGGGCUCAGGUGGGGGGGUCAAGGGUUCUAGAGGUUCAGUACCAUGUUGACCUCUACUGCACAAUAGAGAAAGUAUAGCUUAAGUUUACUUAGCGUGGUUACGGGCUGACUGAACUGGAACGAAGGGCUCUGUUCAGUCUGGAGAGAUGAAGUGGUACAGAUGGCGGAAUAAGAGAUGUCAAAAGGUCCCCUUUCACACGACAUAUACAGCGUUGUCGCGGCAACGUUGCCUUUAUAUUCCAGUGACAUUAAAACGCUGAACUUCCACGAGGAUCAGAGGGAGGGGAACAGAGUCCUCACUUCAAGCCGGGGGUGAUGGUGAUGGUGGCUCAUCUCCAAUUCCUCUACUUUACUGCAUCUCUCUCCUUCACUAUUCUCUCGCCCUCUUUCUCUCCUUCACUAUUCUCUCUCUCCCCCCUCACUAUUCUCUCUCUCUCCCCCCUCACUAUUCUCUCUCUCUCCCCCUCACUAUUCUCUCU